AAGUUGAUCUAUUCUCUUCAUAAUUUGUAAAAUCUUCUUAAUAUAUUGGGAAUAUUUUUUGCCUUUUUAAUUCAAUCCAAGAAUUGGGCACGAUUAAUGGCAUCCAGAAGAAUUCACAAGGAACUAAGGGAGUUGCAAAGAGACCCUCCUACUUCAUGUAGUGCAGGUCCAGUGGCACAGGAUAUGUUCCAUUGGCAAGCAACCAUUAUUGGUCCAAAUGACAGCCCUUAUGCAGGUGGUGUUUUCCAAGUGGCCAUCCAUUUUCCUCCUGAUUACCCUUUCAAACCUCCCAAGGUGGCUUUCAAGACCAAAGUUUUCCAUCCAAAUAUAAAUAAUAAUGGAAAUAUUUGUUUGGACAUUCUUAAGGAUCAAUGGAGUCCUGCCCUCACCAUAUCCAAGGUUUUGCUUUCCAUAUGUUCACUACUAACAGAUCCAAAUCCAGAUGAUCCAUUGGUUCCAGAGAUUGCUCAUAUGUACAAAUCUGAUCGGAAGAAAUAUGAAUCAAUGGCUCGUAAUUGGACCCAAAAGUUUGCUAUGAAUUGAGUUGUUGUAUCCAUAAAAAGCUCAUGUGCUAUAUUUUGUAACAAAAGAUUAAUGAUUUCCUCCUCUGCAGGCAUGUAAUAAAUGCACAAAAUUAUAAUACUUGUGAAAUGAGAAUUUGUCACACUUGAUAUAUUUAACUAUGGAAAAUUGGUUUAAAUA